CAUACAACCCGGGACAAAAUGCUGACUCCCCCUCUCUAGUGGGCUCUCCCCAGACACAGCCAAUAAAUGCACAGUCACAGAGUCGCCCGUUAUGUCAGGGUCACUCUGGACAUCUCCUCACAACCAAGCAGUUUGCUACAGAACCUCGACUGACCCAUAUUCAGUAAUUCCAGAGGACUCAGAUACAGACUGCUAGGCCCUACAUCGUGACAAACACAACCUCCAUACUCACAGAUUCCUUACAUCCGUCUAACCCACGAAUAUGCCUUCCAGAAAGCACAAGCCUUGCCGUUCCAAGAAGGCUGCAAAGAGCAACUUCCCACAGAUCCGUAGCCUGGACCCCAAUCAGGCUGGCAGGGACGUCGUAGAGGACAUCAUGGAAGGGGGUCGAGAGCGCUGGUGUUUUUCACCUCCUCGAACUUACCCCUCCUCUAUCUUCAGCAAGGAUUCAUCUCCUGCUGGAGGUCACCGCUCCUCUCGCCCAACCCAACAACAGAUCCGUAACCUGGACCCUGAUCAGCGUGGCAGGGACAUCCCAGAGGAGAUCAUGGCAGAGGGUCAAGGGAGCAAGGAUUCAACUCCUCCUGGAGGUCACCGCUCCUCUCGCCCAACCCAACAACAGAUCCGUAACCUGGACCCUGAUCAGCGUGGCAGGGACAUCCCAGAGGAGAUCAUGGCAGAGGGUCAAGGGAGCAAGGAUUCAACUCCUCCUGGAGGUCACCGCUCCUCUCGCCCAACCCAACAACAGAUCCGUAACCUGGACCCUGAACAGCGUGGCAGGGACAUCCCAGAGGAGAUCAUGGCAGAGGGUCAAGGGAGCAAGGAUUCAUCUCCUGCUGGAGGUCACCGCUCCUCUCGCCCAACCCAACAACAGAUCCGUAACCUGGACCCUGAUCAGCGUGGCAGGGACAUCCCAGAGGAGAUCAUGGCAGAGGGUCAAGGGAGCAAGGAUUCAUCUCCUGCUGGAGGUCACCGCUCCUCUCGCCCAACCCAACAACAGAUCCGUAACCUGGACCCUGAACAGCGUGGCAGGGACAUCCAAGAGGAGAUCAUGGCAGAGGGUCAAGGGAGCAAGGAUUCAUCUCCUGCUGGAGGUCACCGCUCCUCUCGCCCAACCCAACAACAGAUCCGUAACCUGGACCCUGAUCAGCGUGGCAGGGACAUCCCAGAGGAGAUCAUGGCAAAGGGUCAAGGGAGCAAGGAUUCAUCUCCUGCUGGAGGUCACCGCUCCUCUCGCCCAACCCAACAACAGAUCCGUAACCUGGACCCUGAACAGCGUGGCAGGGACAUCCAAGAGGAGAUCAUGGCAGAGGGUCAAGGGAGCAAGGAUUCAUCUCCUGCUGGAGGUCACCGCUCCUCUCGCCCAACCCAACAACAGAUCCGUAACCUGGACCCUGAUCAGCGUGGCAGGGACAUCCCAGAGGAGAUCAUGGCAGAGGGUCAAGGGAGCAAGGAUUCAACUCCUCCUGGAGGUCACCGCUCCUCUCGCCCAACCCAACAACAGAUCCGUAACCUGGACCCUGAACAGCGUGGCAGGGACAUCCCAGAGGAGAUCAUGGCAGAGGGUCAAGGGAGCAAGGAUUCAUCUCCUGCUGGAGGUCACCGCUCCUCUCGCCCAACCCAACAACAGAUCCGUAACCUGGACCCUGAACAGCGUGGCAGGGACAUCCCAGAGGAGAUCAUGGCAGAGGGUCAAGGGAGCAAGGAUUCAUCUCCUCCUGGAGGUCACCGCUCCUCUCGCCCAACCCAACAACAGUAUCGCGAAAGACAACCCUAUGUGCGACGUCCUCAGCAGUAUCAGGACAAACGCACCUACGAACCUCGUCCUGGGCCAGAGGGGAGGCACCCUCACUACCCAGAACAAUAUCCAUCAUCCAGGGGUGCGGAGAGAAGGUAUCGCAACAGACAACCCUAUGUGCGACGUCCUCAGCAGUAUCAGGACAAACGCACCUACGAACCUCAUCCUGGGCCAGAGGGGAGGCACCCUCACUACCCAGAACAAUAUCCAUCAUCCCGGGGUGCGGAGAGAAGGGUCCAUGACCGGUACCCCGAUCAGCGUGGCAGGGACGACCUAGAGGAGGUAAUGGCAGAGGGUCGAGUGAGCCGGUAUUCAUCACCUCCUGGAGGUCACCGCUCCUCUAACCUCAGCCCAAAACAGUAUUACCACAGGCAACCCUAUGUGAGGCCUACUCAGCAGUAUUAUGAAAAUCAAACCUACGAACCUCGUCCUGGACCAGAGGGGAGGCACCCUCACUACCCAGAACGGCCAGUGUACUCCGGUGCGAACAGAAUGAUCCGUGACCGGUACCCCGAUCAGCGUGGCAGGGACGACACAGAGGAGAUCAUGGCAGAGGGUCAAGGGAGCAGGUAUUCAUCUCCUCCUGGAGGUCACCGCUCCUCUCGCCCCACCCAACAACAGUAUCGCGACAGACAACCCUAUGUGCGACGUCCUCAGCAGUAUCAGGACCAACGCAGCUACGAACCUCGUCCUGGGCAAGAGGGGAGGCACCCUCACUACCCAGAACAAUAUCCAUCAUCCCGGGGUGCGGAGAGAAGGGUCCAUGAGCGGUACCCCGAUCAGCGUGGCAGGGACGACCCAGAGGAGGUAAUGGCAGAGGGUCGAGAGAGACGGUAUUCAUCACCUCCUGGAGGUCACCGCUCCUCUAACCUCAGCCCACAACAGUAUCACCACAGGCAACCCUAUGUGAGGCCUACUCAGCAGUAUUAUGAAAAUCAAACCUAUGAACCUCGUCCUGGACCAGAGGGGAGGCACCCUCACUACCCAGAACGGCCAGUGUACUCCGGUGCGAACAGAAUGGUCCGUGACCGGUACCCCGAUCAGCGUGGCAGGGACGACACAGAGGAGAUCAUGGCAGAGGGUCGAGGGAGCAGGCAUGCAUCGCCUUCUGGAGGUCACCGCUCCUCUCCCCCCACCCAACCACAGUAUCGCCACAGGCAACCCAAUGUGAGGCCUACUCAGCAGAAUGAUGAAAAUCGCAACUACGAACCUCGUCCUGGACCAGAGGGGAGGCACCCUCACUACCCAGAACGGCCAGUGUACUCCGGUGCAAACAGAAUGGUCCAUGACCGGUACCCCGAUCAGCGUGGCAGGGACGACCCAGAGGAGAUCAUGGCAGAGGGUCAAGGGAGCAGGCAUGCAUCGCCUCCUGGAGGUCACCGCUCCUCUCCCCCCACCCAACCACAGUAUCACCACAGGCAACCCUAUGUGAGGCCUACUCAGCAGUAUUAUGAAAAUCAAACCUACGAACCUCGUCCUGGACCAGAGGGGAGGCACCCUCACUACCCAGAACGGCCAUUGUACUCCGUUGCAAACAGAAUGAUCCAUGACCGGUACCCCGAUCAGCGUGGCAGGGACGACCCAGAGGAGGUAAUGGCAGAGGGUCGAGAGAGCCGGGAUUCAACGCCUCCUGGACGUCACCGCUCCUCUCCCCCCACCCAACCACAGCACUCCAAACGGCCUGGCAAACCGACUCCUAAAGCCGUCGACCCCACUACUCAGCCUAUCUUGAUGAACAAAAAAGAGGCCUCCGACACCAAACCAGGGCCAGUUGAUGGGCCAAAACUACAUCAAGUUGGUCUGAGGUCUAGCUCACCUGGGCUUGUGACACCCUCUUUGGCACCACCUAACCCUCCCACCAAAGACGAGCCUCUCUUAGACGAACCAAGCACUGCCUUGUCUGUAGCAGCCCCUGAGGCUUUGAACAGCCUGGCAGAGACCACGACUGAGCUGGAGACAGCAGGCCAUGACAUGAGGCCACAGGAUCCCACUCCACCACAGUGCCCAAACUCUGAGGCCCCGUUAACUCUGAAAAGUCGUAGCAGUUCUGGCAAAAGGGGCAGGAAGGGCAGGAAGCGCCACAACAAGCCACCAUAUACUGGAUCUCCUAGAUGAGCACAGAUCGGUUUUCUUUUCAUCCAACUUUUCCUGCGUCAGCUGCCUUCCCAAGUCAGAGCUGCGUUGGCCAACACCGCAAUCACUGUCAACUAUGGAGGACCAUACAUGACUUAAGUAAAAACAAAAAAUUAAAAAAAAGUAUAAAUAAAAAAGGAAAUAAAUAGAAUAAAU